GUGACCAUGCCGUCAUGCUCGCGCUGCCUAGUUCAGGUCAGCUGAUGCGCGCGACGCAGAGGAUCCAGAGGCGAAAGGAGUGCAAUUUCAUCCGUUUAAACCCUACUUUCUCCCCAUAGGGCAUUGGUUAGAGAGCAGUGCAUUAUGGGGGAGCUGUUCCGUAGUGAGGAGAUGACACUGGCCCAGCUGUUCCUCCAGUCUGAGUCGGCCUACUGCUGUGUCAGUGAGCUGGGAGAGAUCGGCAUGGUGCAGUUCAGAGAUUUGAACCCAGAUGUGAACGUUUUCCAGAGGAAGUUUGUAAAUGAAGUUCGUCGCUGUGAGGAGAUGGACCGCAAAUUAAGAUUUGUGGAGAAGGAAAUAAAAAAGGCCAACAUACCUGUUGUAGACACAGGAGAGAACCCAGAGGUCCCUUUUCCACGAGACAUGAUCGACUUGGAGGCCACCUUCGAAAAGCUGGAGAAUGAGCUUAAGGAGAUCAACACCAACCAGGAGGCCCUGAAGAAGAACUUCCUGGAGCUGACGGAGCUCAAGCACAUCCUCCGACGAACACAGCAGUUCUUUGACGAGAUUGAAAGGCCAUUCUCUGAAUUCCUGGUCAACCCUCAGCCGCUGAUGAUGAUGUCAAAUUGCCCUUCCCAAGACCAGUUCUGCAAGAUGGAAGAUCCUGCACUUUUGGAAGAGUCGUCAACUUUAAUCGACACAAAUGAGGUUGGACGUGCACCACUUAGGCUUGGGUUUGUUGCAGGCGUAAUUGGCAGAGAGAGGAUCCCCACAUUUGAGAGGAUGCUGUGGAGAGUCUGCCGUGGCAACGUCUUCCUGCGGCAGGCAGAUAUUGAAGACCCACUUGAGGACCCCACCACAGGAGACAAUGUGCACAAGACAGUGUUCAUCAUUUUCUUCCAGGGAGACCAGCUGAAGAACAGAGUGAAGAAGAUUUGUGAAGGGUUUCGGGCAUCUCUGUACCCCUGUCCAGAGACCCCUCAAGAGCGGAAAGAAAUGGCAGCUGGAGUGAACACUCGCAUUGAUGAUCUCCAGAUGGUGCUUAAUCAGACAGAAGAUCACAGGCAGAGAGUGUUGCAGGCGGCUACUAAGACUGUACGUGUGUGGUUCAUCAAAGUGAGGAAGAUGAAAGCCAUUUAUCAUACUCUGAACCUCUGCAACAUCGACGUCACUCAGAAGUGUCUGAUCGCUGAGAUCUGGUGCCCUGUCUCGGAUCUGGACUCUAUUCAGUUUGCUCUCCGUCGGGGCACGGAGAGAAGUGGAUCCACUGUUCCCUCCAUCCUGAACAGAAUGCAGACCAAACAGACCCCACCCACUUACAACAAAACCAACAAAUUCACCUCUGGCUUUCAAAACAUCGUUGAUGCCUAUGGUAUUGGCAACUACCGGGAAAUCAACCCAGCUCCAUACACCAUCAUCACCUUCCCCUUCUUGUUUGCGGUCAUGUUUGGGGAUCUGGGUCAUGGUGUCCUCAUGACCUGUGCUGCACUUUAUCUGGUCCUGCGAGAGAGACGAUUAAUUUCCCAGAAAAAUGACAAUGAGAUGUUUACCAUGGUGUUUGCAGGCCGUUAUAUUAUUCUCCUGAUGGGAGUAUUUUCGGUGUAUACUGGAAUAAUAUAUAAUGACUGUUUCUCCAAAUCUCUCAAUGUCUUCGGCUCGGGCUGGAGUGUCAGACCCAUGUUUAGAGAUGGAGGAGCCAACUGGACGUUUAAGACUUUGGAAGAUAACAGGAUUUUACAGUUGGACCCUGCUGAGCCAGGAGUGUUUGGUGGACCCUAUCCCAUUGGCAUUGACCCAAUCUGGAAUAUUGCCACCAACAAGCUGACAUUUCUGAACUCCUUCAAGAUGAAAAUGUCAAUAAUUCUUGGAGUUAUCCACAUGCUGUUUGGCAUCACGCUCAGUCUCUUCAAUCACCUGUACUUCAAGAAGCCUCUGAACAUCUUCCUGGGUUUUAUUCCUGAGAUUGUUUUCAUGAGCAGUCUGUUUGGCUACCUGGUUUUGCUCGUCUUCUAUAAAUGGAUGGCCUAUGAUGCCAAGACCUCUAAAGAUGCACCCAGUCUUCUUAUAGCCUUCAUUAACAUGUUCCUCUUCAACUACAAUGAUCCGACCAACAAGCCAUUAUACAGAGGACAGAUGGGAAUUCAGUGUUUGUUAGUUGUUGUAGCUAUCGCCUGUGUGCCAUGUAUGCUUAUAAUAAAGACGCUAGUAAUGCGCAGACAGUACCUCUGGAGAAAGAAUCUGGGAACACAAAAUUUUGGGGGAAUCCGUGUGGGUAAUGGCCCCACAGAGGAUGAAACUGAGAUCAUUCAACAUGAUCAGCUUGCAGAGAACUUAGAAGAAGAGCCUGAGCAAUCCGAGGAGGAAGUGUUUAAUUUUGCAGAUGUUGCAGUGCAUCAAGCCAUUCACACUAUAGAAUAUUGCUUAGGCUGCAUCUCAAACACGGCAUCUUAUCUACGGCUUUGGGCGUUGAGCCUGGCCCAUGCGCAGCUCUCUGAAGUCUUAUGGACAAUGGUGAUGCAUAUUGGCCUGGCCUCAAGAAAUUUUGGUGGAUUCUUUGGUCUGUCAAUCAUCUUUGCCAUCUUUGCUACACUGACUGUGUUCAUUCUUUUGAUCAUGGAAGGACUGUCAGCCUUCCUGCACGCUCUAAGAUUGCACUGGGUUGAGUUCCAGAAUAAAUUCUACACUGGACAGGGCUUCAACUUCAUGCCUUUCACUUUCGACAGCAUUCUGGAGGGCAAGUCCGAAGACUAAACCACACCCACUUUCUCUCAACUGCCACACCUUCAGACUACAGGAGCCAAUCAGAAUAAGUGUCAGAUUUUAUGUUGUGCACAAACACUGUGAUUAAAAUCUACAUUGACUUUGUUAGGCUUUAAAUAUCUCAGGUGUUCUACAUUGGGACAUAAAUGGAAUAAAUUUACAAAUAAAUUAGGUGUGUAUUGUAGAAGCUGAGCUAAAAUUAAUUUAAGCAACAUUUGCAUAACGUAUUCACAAUGAUUAUAUGCAUUUUGCCAUAAGUUAUGAAGAUGAUGCAGCUCUCAUAGAUGCCUCAAAUUUGUACAAACCCUUAAAUUAAGGCUUGACAAAGAUAUACUUACAUUUAUCACUGUUUCUUACCCAUCGUAGCAUUGGUGGAGAUUUUGUCUGAUAUUUUUCCAGUCUCUUAAAUUAUUAGUUUUGUUUUUUAAUGUAUCUUUUAUCCUUUAUGUUGUACCUGGACGCUUCUGUAAGAACAGUUCUCAUACAAAGGGACCUCAUUUCAAAUGCUGCAAAGCAAGCUUCAGUACAUUUGACAUAUGCUUAAUGAGAAAGCUUAUAACCUAUCUAAAUAAAUCCUACAGAUAAUCCUACAGAAGUUCCUGAUUUAUCACAGAUCUAUAAUCUUGUUUAAUUCUGUCACAAACCUAAUGUAAGAGUAACUGAGUUUUAUUUGGGCUUGAACUGUAUUGCUGUUUUGUUGUUGUAUUUUGCUGUUGUGUUUGGAUAAUGCAAGUCAAAUCUAUACCUGGAUGCUUUUCUAAUCUUCAUAUUAAUCUGUUUAAUCUGAAAUUGCAUUUCUUGUUUAUUUGUUUGAUUUACAUCAUUCCCAUGCAUUUCCUCUGGAAAAGAAAUUUGUGGGUUCUUAAGUUAUCACCGGCAGUCCUUUUAGUCUUUGAGAAAUGAAUUAUACCAAGUAAAGGCAGACAGUGAAUCUUAGUAAAUAUGUCUGUUUUGAUUGGCAAUAAUAGGAAGGAGUUGAUCUGAACACAUGGUUUUGAUUUCCUUUACCACAUAUGUGAGAAGAAAGCUGUGAAUAAUGUCUAAUACAAUAUUGUGUGAAGAUUAUUGUUGAUAUAAUACUUUUAUUAUAUUUAUGAAAUAUUGUGCAUAAUAAUAAAUAAAUGAGUAUAAUUA